CGCUCUCCCCGCCUCGCUCCUACACACACACAGCAAAACCCCACCCCCAGGCCCCUCCCGGGCCUCUGCUAGGUUGGGCUGCUCCAGGAAGUUUCCUUGAAAGGAGCUGAAAUACUAAGUGAGCUUUCCAGGUGAUCUCGAGUGAGAGAAAGUCCUGCGCCCACUUUGGUGAGUUACAGCCCAGAAGUUUGGGCUCCGCCGAAAGGAGGAAGAGAAAUUAAGAAGGUCUUUUGGACCUGGUGGCGUGGCUCUUUUCCUCAUGGCUUCACCCAGAGGGCCCCGCAGUGACUGCUCCAAUGUCAUCGAUCACAGCCAUGUCCCCGAAUUCGAGGUGGCCAUUUGGAUGAAAAUCACCCUCAUCUUGGUGUACGUGGUCAUCUUCGUGGUGGGCAUCCUGGGGAAUAGUAUCACCAUUCGGGUCACCCAGGUGCUGCAGAAGAAAGGCUACUUGCAGAAGGAGGUGACAGAUCACAUGGUGAGUCUGGCUUGCUCGGACAUCUUGGUCUUCCUCAUUGGCAUGCCCGUGGAGUUCUAUAGCAUCAUCUGGAACCCCCUGACCACGCCCAGCUAUACCGUGUCCUGUAAGCUUCACACUUUCCUCUUUGAGGCCUGCAGCUACGCCACGCUGCUGCACGUGCUGACGCUCAGCUUUGAGCGCUACGUCGCCAUCUGCCACCCCUUCAGGUAUAAGGCCAUAUCGGGUCCCUGCCAGGUAAAGCUGCUGAUUGGCUUCGUUUGGGUCACCUCCGCCCUGGUGGCGUUGCCUUUGCUUUUUGCGAUGGGAGUUGAGUACCCCCUGGUGAACGUGCCCAAUCACCGAGGUCUCACUUGCAACCGCUCGCGCACCCGCCACCACGAACAACCUGAGACCUCCAACAUGUCCAUCUGUACCAGCCUCUCCAGCCGCUGGACAGUGUUCCAGUCCAGUAUCUUCGGCGCCUUCAUCAUCUACCUCGUGGUCCUGGUCUCCGUGGCCUUCAUGUGCUGGAACAUGAUGCAGGUGCUCGUGAGGAGCAAGCAGGGCACGCUGGCUGGGAAGGGGCAGCAGCCGCAGCUGAGGAAGUCGGAGAGCGAGGAGAGCAGGAUGGCCAGGAGGCAGACCAUCAUCUUCCUGAGGCUGAUUGUUGUGACCUUGGCCGUCUGCUGGAUGCCUAACCAGGUUCGGAGGAUCAUGGCUGCGGCCAAACCCAAGCACGACUGGACGAGGUCCUACUUCCGGGCGUACAUGAUCCUCCUUCCCUUCUCGGACACCUUCUUCUACCUGAGCUCGGUCAUCAACCCGCUUCUGUACAACGUGUCCUCGCAGCAGUUCCGCAGGGUGUUCGGGCAGGUACUGCGCUGCCGUCUGACGCUGCAGCACGCCAACCACGAGAAGCGCCUGCGCGCCCGUGUCGCUUCCACCAUGGACAGCGCCCGCUCGGCGCACCGCCCAUUACUCUUCAGGGCUUCCCUGCGCAAUUCCUCUGCAAGGAGAACUAAUAAGGUUUUCUUAAGCACUUUUCAGACUGAGGCCAAGCCCGAAUCUCAGCCUCAGCAAUUGAGUCCCGAGUCAUCAGAGCCCAACUCAGAGACGAAACCAGCCAAUUUUGCUGCAGAAAAUGGUUUUCAGGAGCAUGAAGUGUGA